UCCCACCCAAGUCCAUUUUCCCUGUGGCGCCAUGGCAAAAAGUGACACGGCUGUUCUUCUCGCUUCCAGGAUCGGCACAGCCGCGCUGGCUAUUCAGGUGGUUGGCAGCAACUGGCCGAAGCCCCAUUAUACUUUGCUGAUCACAGGCCUGUGCAGAUUCCAGAUCCUGCAGCUGGUGAAGGAGAAGCCCUACCCUGUCGCGGACGUGGAACAGCUGGAUCGGCUGGAGCAGUUUACCAACAAGUCCGCCUCCGAGGAAGAACUGGGGGAGCUGUCGGAGCAGUUCUAUAAAUACGCAGUGCAGUUGGUUGACAUGUUGGAUAUGUCAAUUCCCGCCGUGGCUAAACUGAGGCGCCUGUUGGACAACCUGCCGAGAGAAGCUUUACCGGACAUAUUAACCUCAAUCAUCCGUACCAGCAACCAGGAAAAGCUCCAGAUUUUAGAUGCUGUUGGCUUGGAAGAACGGUUCAAGAUGACCAUACCAUUGCUCGUUAGGCAGAUCGAAGGCUUGAAGCUCCUUCAGAAAACCAGGAAACCCAAACAGGAUGAUGACAAGAGGGUCAUAGCUAUACGUCCCAUCCGAAGGAUCGCCCACAUCCCAGGCGCUGCCGAAGACGAGGAGGACGAAGAAGACCAUGAUGAUAUUGUCAGCCUUGAGAAGAAAGUUCGGACCUCCAACAUGCCUGAGCAGGCUUUGAAAGUCUGCAUAAAAGAAUUGAAAAGAUUAAAGAAAAUGCCUCAGUCAAUGCCAGAAUACGCCUUAACCCGGAAUUAUUUGGAACUGAUGGUAGAACUGCCCUGGAACAAAAGUACAAAAGAUUGCCUGGAUAUCCGGGCAGCCAGGAUUCUCCUGGACAAUGAUCAUUAUGCGAUGGAGAAGCUGAAGAAAAGAGUGCUGGAAUAUUUAGCGGUCAGGCAACUCAAGAACAACCUGAAGGGCCCCAUCCUUUGCUUUGUGGGCCCCCCUGGAGUUGGAAAGACCAGCGUGGGAAGAUCUAUAGCAAAGACAUUGGGGCGAGAAUUCCAUCGGAUUGCCUUAGGCGGAGUCUGUGAUCAGUCGGACAUCCGAGGACAUCGGCGUACCUAUGUCGGUAGCAUGCCCGGGCGGAUCAUCAAUGGGUUGAAAACGGUCGGGAUGAACAAUCCAGUGUUCCUGCUCGAUGAGGUUGAUAAGCUCGGGAAGAGCCUGCAGGGCGAUCCUGCAGCUGCUUUGCUUGAGGUCUUGGAUCCUGAGCAAAACCACAGCUUCACAGAUCAUUACUUGAACGUAGCCUUCGACUUGUCUCAAGUCCUGUUCAUAGCCACAGCGAACACGACGGCCACCAUCCCACCAGCUUUGUUGGACAGAAUGGAGGUGAUUCAGGUUCCAGGAUACACGCAAGAAGAGAAGAUAGAGAUUGCCCAUCGGCAUUUGAUUCCAAAACAGCUGGAACUGCAUGGAUUGACCCCUCAGCAGAUCCAGAUUCCCCAGGAAGCAACUCUGGCGAUAAUCACCAGCUAUACCCGGGAGGCAGGAGUUCGCUCUCUGGAUCGCAAAUUUGGCGCCAUUUGCCGAGCAGUUGCCGUGAAAGUGGCAGAAGGCCAGCACAAGGAGACAAAGCCAGACCGCUCCGAAGCAACAGAGGGAGGAGAGUGCCAAGAACAUAUUGCAGAAGAUGCAAAAACUGAUUCUCUCGGUGACACCGCUGACCUGGCUCUUCCACCUGAAAUGCCAAUUUUAAUCGAUUUCCAUGCUCUGAAAGAUAUCCUUGGGCCACCAAUGUACGAACUGGAGGUGUCUGAGCGGCUGAAUCAACCUGGGGUAGCCAUAGGCUUGGCUUGGACUCCCUUAGGCGGGGAGAUCAUGUUUGUUGAAGCCAGUCGCAUGGAUGGGGAAGGCCAGCUCACGCUAACGGGGCAGCUGGGCGACGUCAUGAAGGAGUCGGCCCAUCUUGCAAUCAGCUGGUUGCGCAGCAACGCAAAGAAAUAUCAACUGACAAAUGCUUCUGGAAGUUUUGAUCUCCUUGACAACACCGACAUCCAUCUGCACUUCCCAGCUGGAGCUGUCACAAAAGAUGGACCAUCUGCUGGCGUUACCAUAGUAACCUGCCUUGCCUCCCUUUUCAGUGGGCGGCUCGUGCGUUCAGAUGUAGCCAUGACUGGAGAAAUUACGCUAAGGGGUCUCGUUCUGCCAGUUGGAGGAAUUAAAGACAAAGUCCUUGCAGCACACAGAGCUGGACUGAGAAGAAUCAUCAUCCCUCAAAGAAAUGAGAAGGAUCUUGAAGAGAUUUCUGCCAACAUACGACAAGAUCUGAAUUUUGUAAUGACCAGCUGUCUAGAUGAAGUUCUCAAUGCAGCUUUUGAUGGAGGGUUUUCAGCUAAGACAGGAAUUGAUCACUUCAAUAGUAAACUUUAAGCAGUUUGAGUUUUCUCAAAGAGCGAAACACAAAGUCAGCGUUCAUUUGCCAGGCAGUUAAUAAUGUGGGAGGGCAUUAAAGUUGGCCCAUAUGUGCAUUUGUGGGGAGUACUCUGCAGCUAGAUAGAUAUUGAAUGUUAAAGCUCUUAAUGAUAGUUGAUGUGCUGUUCCCUUCCCGCCCCCUGGCCAUUAAGCUUCCAUUAGAGGGAAACACUAGUAUCCAAUGACAAUUUUUUUUUAAAUUUAAAUUUAAUGUGGAUCUAAUUUCUUUUCAUUUUCGAAGAGCCUAACAUGAAUGUCAGGAUCUGCCUUUCUGAACUGUCAAGAGUUUUAAUUAAAUUGUCAUUGUUGUUGAGCUAGUGCCAUACAUGUUUGUGGGUUUUGACCCUAAGAUAAUGUGCACAAUACUGCAACAGGCCAUUGUAGGUACAGUCCUGAGAUGUGGAGGACACACCAUCAGUGAGAAGGAGAACAUUAAUCACUUCAGCAUCAGGAUAUGAAGCAUGUGGCUGAUUGCUCAGAAUGAUUGGUAUGGGCAGUGGGAAAUAAAGAGAUCUUGCUUUUCCUCCUUUAAUACAAUGAGAAUUCUUAGGCCCCUCAUACUUUAGCUAUUUAAAAUUUAAAGCUAGCAAUCUACUUUAAAAUGAUGGAGAAAGAAAUAAUUCACAGCUUUUCUGUGCAACAGGUGAUGUGACUAAUUUGUCAUAGAGCCAAGUGUCUAAUUUGGAACCUGUAUAAUAAAGUGUAAUUAUUUUCUGCAGGA